UUACUUUGCAUAUCGCCCCGCAGAUGACCGAAUCUUUAUGGCCAAUGGCGUAGAUUCAUUAAGGACUUUUAAUCACCAGCGCAACCCUAACAAAUGUGGUCUAAGAAAACUAAUCCUUGUGCCGAACUAUGAGGCAAUAUCUUACAAAUUGAGAUCUGUAAAGGUUAUUUGUAAUAGCAUAAGCUACCUGCAGAAAAAAUAUACCAAUUAUUUGCCUUUCGAUGAUGGUGACGAUUUAAAAAAAAUUAAAGUGCCUUUACCUUUUACAAUAGGUCAUUAUGAAAAAAAUGUCGUCAGUGGUGUACUCUAA